UGGCUCUUUUUACAGCUUUUUCACUCACAAGAUCUCUUCCCCAAACCCUAACAAAGCCAAACCAAAGCCAAAGCUGCAGCGAGCAAAAACCCUUUCGUUUCGGCCUUGCUUUAGAUCUCAACUCUUACUUCCUUUGUCGACCCCAAAUAUAAAUGUAAUUUUUUUUUUAACAGGGUGCUUUCUUUGUUUGGUUUCUCAUGGCUUCAGCUUGUGUUAACAACAUAGGUGUCUCGCCGGAGAGUUUCCAGCCUACAACAAGUUACUCUUCUUACGGUUGGUUGAGUCCCAGGAUGUCCUUCAGCCGAGAAGAGGAGUCGUCCAAGUCUAGGCCCAAGUCUACAACUGAUACAUCUUCUGCAGAUCCUCUUCCUGCCUCUGAUCCGCCAGAGAUCCAAGAUAACCCAGCUAGUGACUUUGAGUUCCGGCUUGAAGAUCCUGUCACCAUGCUUCCAGCUGAUGAGCUUUUUUCUGAUGGUAAGCUCGUGCCUUUGCAUUUCUCAACUGUGAAACCGCAUCCUCCUGUGAAUGUUUUGUCUGAGAUCAGGUCCCCCGAAACAGCCAAAUCUUGCCGUAGAAUAGAAAUGGAGAUUUCUGGCACGGAUCCUUACUUGUUUUCUCCUAAAGCUCCAAGGUGUUCCAGUAGGUGGAGGGAACUUCUGGGUCUUAAAAAGUUCUCCCAUAGCACCAAUCAACCUCCCAAAUCCGAGUCUCAAAGCAAAAUCUCAUUGUUAUCUAAUAAUAACUCGAAAUCUCUCAAGCAUUUUCUUCAUAGAAGCUCGAAAUCUUCCUCUUCCUCCUCCUCUUCCACUGCGUCCUGGGCGGACUCUUCAUUAAGCCUUCCCUUGUUGAAAGACUCGGAUUGUGAGUCAGUCUCCAUAUCUUCAUCAAGGUUAUCGCUUUCUUCUUCAUCUUCCGGCCACGAACACGAGGAUCUUCCAAGGCUGUCACUUGAUUCCGAUAAGCCAAGUUUGAACAAUCCCAGCCCGAACCCUUUUGCUCCUUGUAGAAGUAUAAACCCAAACCCACCA